AUGGCGGAGGAAGAAGUUAUGCGCGUGGGCCGCCGGGUGUACGUGAGCAACCUGGCGUGGAAGUCGUCCUGGCAGGACCUGAAGGACCACUUCCGCUCCGUGGGCGAGGUGGUCUACUCCAACGUCAUCAAGGACGAGAGUGGCCGCUCCAAGGGCUGGGGCAUCGUGGAGUUUGCGCAGCCCGAGGAGGCGGUGGCGGCCAUCUCCACCCUGAACGGCACCGACCUCGGCGGGCGCACCAUCCUCGUGCGUGAGGACCGCGAGGACCGCUGUCAACUUCAGCUACUUGAAGCCCAAGCAUGGCGACACCCGAUCGUUGCCCAACCCCUGUCUUCAUCGACGACAGCGCCGCGCCCACCUACCUCGUCAAGGCCAUCCUCAGGCACAAGCGCGUCCACCGGCUUCCAGUACCUGGUGAAGUGGCAGGGGU